UGCAUACAUUCUGGAAUUUUUAAUGACAUAUCACAGAAAUGUGAUAUAUCACACCCAAAUAUGUGUUACUCGGAAAAUUAUUUUAAAUACUACUUAAACAUGUCUAGAGGAUAUAUUUUAUAUCAUACUAAUCGUAGGCUAUAAAGUAUAUAAUAUUAGAUUAAAUUUUAAUGACUUACUCACAUUAUCUAAUUAAUAUAUUUAUAAUAUUAUAUUCUACCUAUUACACAUUAGACAUACAUUAAACACUAGACUACACCUCGUCUUGGUUUCAUAAAAGCCACUUUAUGUUGCUGUCGGCUGUUCUCGAUUCUCUUUCGUGCCUCAUCGGCAUUCCUGGGCAAUGCGCGGCGCGCGCCCCUGUCUUUCAGCAGCGGUGGCACGCGCAUCUUUGGGAAGAAGAUAGGACAUCUGCAGAGCUUGAGUUUCUGAGCUAAUCUGGACAGACGGCAUGAGCUCGUAUCGUGUGUGAUGUUUUUGUGGGAACCACUACCAUAAGUUGCGGCGGCGUCGCGUGAGGACCCUGAACAGGACUAUGAAGCUACUGCUUGUGGUGACACUCUUAUGGCGCGAGGGGUUGUGUGGAUCUCCGAGCGUCCAAAUCGUUGGAUGUGCAUGCAGUAGCUGUAUUGAGGUGGUUUAUUCCCCAGGGGUGCAGAUCAGGAGUACAGUGCAUUCAGAGUUGGCAUGGUUCAGUUUGGGAUGGCAGAUUUCCGACUGACUCCGCAUAUAGAUAACCUGGAGGUGGCCAACAGCUUUGCUGUCACUAACUGCUUUUGUUCACAGUUCUCUCGCGGUGUCUAUGCCAUUUUUGGCUUCUAUGACAAGAAGUCGGUAAACACCAUCACAUCCUUCUGUGAGACACUUCAUGUGUCCUUCAUCACACCUUCUUUCCCAGCAGAAGGAAUGAAUCAAUUUGUUCUCCAAAUGAGGCCGGACAUCAAGGGGCCACUAGUUUCAUUGGUGGAGUACUACAAAUGGGAAAAGUUUGCCUACCUGUACGACAGUGAUAGAGGCCUCUCCACUCUUCAAGUAAUACUGGACACUGCUUCAGAGAAAAAGUGGGUUGUUACAGCAAUAAAUGUAGGAAACCUGAAAGACGAGAGGAAGGAUGAAGCCUAUCGUUCUGUGUUUCAGGACCUGGAGAUUCGUAAGGAGCGACGAAUCAUCCUGGACUGUGAACAAGACAAAGUCAAAGACAUCAUGGAGCAGGUGAUCACUAUAGGCAGACAUGUGAAGGGAUAUCACUAUAUCAUCGCUAACUUGGGUUUUGUGGAUGGUGACCUCUCUAAAAUCCAAUAUGGAGGUGCGAAUGUGUCUGGCUUUCAGAUAGUAGAUUUUGAUGAUCCUGUGGUGGCAAAGUUUGACCAGAGAUGGGAGGCACUGGAAGAGAAGGAGUAUCCUGGAGCUGGUACACGGAUCAGAUAUACCUCUGCCCUCACCUUUGAUGCUGUCCAUGUGAUGACUGAGGCAUUCCGCUUCCUUCACAAGCAGAGAAUAGACAUGAGUCGACGCGGUAACAGUGGGGACUGUCUGGCGAAUCCAGCAGUGCCCUGGGCACAGGGAGUGGAGAUUGAGCGUGCCCUCAAACAGGUGCGUGUAGAUGGUUUAACAGGAAACAUUCAGUUUGACCAGUAUGGGAAGAGAGUCAACUACUCUGUGACAAUUAUGGAACUGAAGAACAACGGACCUGUAAAGAUUGGUUAUUGGAAUGAGCUGGAUAAGAUGGUGGUGACAAAGUCUGACCUUUAUCCUAACGACACCAUGGGAAUGGAAAACAAGACAGUCAUUGUUACAACUAUAUUGGAAGCCCCCUACGUGAUGCUAAAGAAGAAUGCUGAGCUGUUUCAAGACAACGACCGUUACGAAGGUUACUGUGUUGACCUGGCAGCAGAGAUUGCAAAGCACUGUGGUAUACGCUACCAACUAAGGAUUGUGGGAGAUGGCAAAUAUGGGGCAAGAGAUGCAGAAACCAAGAUCUGGAAUGGUAUGGUUGGAGAGCUAGUGUAUGGGAAAGCAGAUAUAGCAGUUGCUCCCCUGACGAUCACUCUUGUGCGUGAAGAAGUGAUUGAUUUCUCCAAACCCUUCAUGUCUUUGGGAAUUUCCAUCAUGAUCAAAAAACCACAGAAAUCCAAACCAGGAGUCUUUUCCUUUCUGGACCCACUGGCCUACGAAAUUUGGAUGUGCAUCGUCUUUGCCUACAUAGGAGUUAGUGUUGUACUGUUCCUGGUCUCCCGAUUCAGCCCCUAUGAGUGGACACUAGAGGAGCCAGAGGAUGGAGCCUUGCCGCCAACAACCGAAUCCACAAAUGAGUUUGGGAUCUUUAACUCCCUGUGGUUUUCUUUGGGCGCUUUCAUGCGGCAGGGUUGCGACAUCUCACCAAGGUCUUUGUCUGGUCGUAUAGUUGGGGGUGUGUGGUGGUUUUUCACUCUGAUCAUCAUUUCAUCUUACACUGCCAACCUGGCUGCCUUCCUGACAGUAGAACGGAUGGUUUCUCCUAUCGAGAGUGCUGAAGACCUGGCUAAGCAGACAGAGAUAGCAUAUGGAACCCUGGAUUCUGGAUCCACCAAGGAGUUCUUUAGGCGCUCUAAAAUUGCCUUGUUUGACAAGAUGUGGCAGUACAUGAAAUCAGCAGAACCAUCUGUCUUCGUCAAGAAAACAUCCGAGGGUGUCCUGCGUGUGAGGAAGUCCAAAGGAAAAUACGCCUACCUGCUGGAGUCCACUAUGAAUGAGUAUAUCGAACAGAGGAAACCCUGUGACACCAUGAAAGUGGGAGGAAACCUUGACUCCAAAGGCUAUGGCAUCGCCACACCCAAAGGAUCCCCAUUAAGAAAUGCUGUGAACCUGGCGGUGUUAAAGUUGAACGAGCAGGGCCUGCUGGACAAACUGAAAAACAAGUGGUGGUAUGACAAGGGAGAAUGCGGCAGCGGAGGAGGGGAGAGCAAGGAGAAGACCAGCGCUCUGUCCCUUAGUAACGUAGCAGGAGUCUUCUACAUCCUGGUUGGAGGUCUGGGUCUGGCCAUGAUGGUGGCACUGGUAGAGUUCUGCUACAAGAGCCGUGCUGAGGCCAAAAAAAUGAAGAUGAAAUUCACAGAUGCAAUGCGCUCCAAAGCUCGUCUAUCCAUCACAGGAUCAACCGGUGAGAAUGGUCGUGUACCUGUGGCUUACCUUCGUCCAGGAUUACCCAUGAGCCUCAGCAUGACUGAUCUCUCCUGACCAACCCCCGAGCCAGUGCCUUACAGCCAAUCUUGCUCUUUUACCAUCUAGAAAGACUGGAUAAAUGUUGUCAUCCUUCCUCUUGGCUGUCAGGCUUCAGCAAAGACCUGCCCAGCUACAAAGUGAAUCACUUGACCAUCAGUGAGAAAGGUGGUGGCUGGUCAUUUAUAAGUUCAUGAGAAACAAUCAAGCACAGUGGACAGUUUUCCAAAUAAACACAGAUUAUUGUUUCAUAGACUUUUGCCAUGAAAGCUCAUCUUCUAUAAAAAAAUAAGGACAAUAGUGAUUUUGACUGCAAUAACACCACUAAUCAGGGAUGUGAUAAGGAAUUGUGGAUAUAAAAGCAGAGCUAUGAACAAAAUCACAUCCAGAAAAAUCAUGUCCAUGAAAUAAUAAAAUAAUAGUGAUUUGUUUGGUAGCAGAUAAUGGUAAUGUUAUUGUUCCUAAUUGUUUUUCUUGUUUCUGUCUGAAAUCUCCUAAUUAAUUGAGACUUUUACGAGAUCCAAGAGAUGCAUGGACAGAUGCACAUGUGCACACACACACAUAAAAACACUUGUACAACAUACUUACAUAAAGCUACCAGUAUAAGAACACUAUACUAUCUAGUAUACACAGGGAUGGGCAGAAACAAGCAAAAAAUAAAAAAAAUCACGCUUUAUUUUGAAGCACUUAUGUGGAUUGGAAUACAUCUGACUUUGGUCAACAUUUUUGUCCCUUUUGGUAGCUUCAAAACUCCAAUGACUGCGUUGACAGCCACCAGCCACACAUGGACACCAGUUUUCAAUGGAAUUUACUAAAAAUUCUCAAAUAAAUAAAUACAACAAAAAACUUAGUACAUCAUAAUACUUUGAAAGGGGUCUAUAUAUAUAUGUGUGUGUUCAUUAUAGAUCAUAUGAAAUAAGUUUAACUAUUAUAUUUCUUCAAAUAAUGACCAGGGCCAUUAUUUACCUCAACUGCAGAGGGUACCAGGCCUUUAUAUAAGCAGGACUAUAUUUGAGGUAGUCCUUUAUUUUCUCUUUGUUUAAAGUACCCUUUAAUUGUUCAGAAUUUCAGUACAACAUCUUGUUUUGAUCUACCACCCUUUGCCCUGUUAAAGUUACUGUAUUGUGUUUUUUAUACAAACUCAUCACUUCCAUCCAUUUCAAAUUAAAACCCUUUCUGACAAGGCCCUUUAUUGUGAAAUAUUUGCAGGUAUACCAGAUGAAAGAACAACCAGUCAAGGUGUAUAAAUGGCAACAAAGCAAACGGCCUCAUGAUGAAUUAAUCAAAAGCUGAUAUCUAAAUCAAGGUGUCCAUACCCUGGAUAUAAACAUUAACAGCUAUUACUAUGGUAGAGUAAAAUGUCUAUGAACAAUCACAAACUAACACUUUAAUUUGGAUAUUGACUGAUUAUUGACAUCGUCACAGCUUACCUUUAAAUGAUAAAUGAUUUAUUAUGUCGCCUUUGCACCAGUUUCGACACGCAGUCCACAAACUCUGAAAUACUUUCUGAUCAUAUCCUUAUCCAGUUUGCCCCAGGAAGCAGUAUAAAACCAAAUCAAAAUUAAACUGCAGUCUGGUCCAUUGCAAUGAUGUCCUACUCCAAAAUCUUUUUAUAGCUGAUAGCCUUGCCAUUUGAGUAGAUUUUCAAAAUUUUAUAUUCUGUUUUCAUAAUUUUUCCUGGCACUUGGUUGUAUUUGUUCCACAAUGAGUUCCAGUAAAUUCACUCACUUAUUUGAUUUAUCCAGUAUCUGAUUCUUAAGUCAAUGUCAAAAUGGCUUGUAGCAUUCUAUCCUGAAUAACCAAUGAUAUCUUCAAAACAAAAGCUUAAAAU